AUGCACUACCUCCUUGCCCUGACAGCGCUGGUUGCCCUUUGGCGUCAUGUGAGACUUCAAAAAGCUUUCGCCCAAAUGUAUAUGAUAGUCGGCAGCGCUAUUCUUGUUGGGACGACUAUACUGCAUGUGGCCACCCUUCUCAUCCGGAAUGUCACAUUUAAUCAAUUUGGAUCGAGGGCGAAGGUCUUUAGGGCGAAGGAUUCGGCUCAGAUUAUCGUACCAGUAAACAGACCAUUUACCGUUCAUGCCGGCAUGACAGUUUACGUUUGGAUGCCCGGGGUCAGCCUUUUAUCGGCAUUCCAGUGUCACCCAUUCUCAAUAGCCUGGUGGGAAGUCAACGACCAAGGAAAAGCGUCCAGUAUCUCCCUUCUGGUCCAGAAGAAGGACGGGUUUACUAGAAGGCUCAUAGAACACCAGGCCAAGGAGUUUCUCACUUUUCUCGACGGACCAUAUGGGGAGCCAAUUGAUCUUUCAUCAUAUAGCAAUAUUCUGUUGGUCGCGUCAGGAAUUGGGAUUGCUGCCCAGGUUCCCUAUAUCCGGGAACUACUCAGCCAUCGUCCAAAAUCUAUCUUUGUCGCGUGGGAGCUUGACGAUAAGUACUGGGUCUAUCAGUGGAUGGACAAGCUUCUUUCACAGGAUCAAGGGUCCUACUCCUUCGAAGGACUCACAGAAACCCGAGCCUUGGAACAGCAAACACAACCGUAUCUGGAAGUUAUCUGGUCAGCUCGACCCAUGGAAAGUGGUAUCGGCAGACUUUUGGACGCAAAGUGGUACUUCAUUGGUGACAGGUAA